GACAGCCGCCCCUCGUGCACACACCCUCGUAUUCUCCUGCCCUUCCCCAGGUGAGUGACUAGAUGGGGGCCGGUGGGCCAGAACAGGGGAAAGGACUCACCGCACAAGGGUGCUGGGGCAAGCAGGCACCCCCAGCUCUGUGCCAAGAGCCACCUGGCCUCCCAUGUCCUGCCAGCCAGGGUCUGCUGCUCCCAGCCCAGCUUGCUCUUCCCACCCAGGUCUUGGGCUCCCAGCCCCUGCUCCUCACCCAGCCUCCUUCUCCAAUGUCUUCUCUCCCCCAUCUCAUUUCUUCUUCCUGCCCCUCUUCUUCUGGCCUUGCCUUCUUGGCCAGUCUUUUUCUCUCUAGUUGUUACUAGCUUUUCCAAAGGGAAAAGAAAAGCCUAUUUUUGUCUUCUUCCCUCAAGAAAAGGGAGGUAUGCAAGUGUGAAUAUGGAUGUGGGUGUUUGUGUGUGUGAGAACGUGUGCCUGUGUUGUGUUAGAUCCCUGAAGUGUGUAUGUGUCGGUCUGUGUGGGUGUAAGUUGGUGACUCUGUGUAUUUGUGUGUGUAUAUCUGUGUGUACAGUGAAUUUUUGAUGGAGAGUGUACAGGUGUGUGUUGGGCACUUUAGAAGUCUACAGCUAGAUAGGAAGAGACCAAGAAUCGGCGCUGCCUCCAGGGGAACAUAGUGGAGGCUGGGACCCUCCUUAAGACUGCAGCAAAAGGAUAUCUUGCUUCUCUCCUGCCUGCUCUGCUUCUACGGCCGCUGGACUCUUUUGUGGUGGAACCUGUAACAAAGAGCCCAGGGCACAGGGAGUGGGCCAAGGGCAGGCAGACGCAGCUGACGCAGCUUCCUCUUUGAUCACUUAGAAAAUCUGGACUAAAAUUCUACUUAAUUUUAGUUUAAUUCUACUUAUUUAAAUAGCCCCAUAUGGCUCCUGAGAGUCUGUGAGCUCUGAGAGAGCAGGAAGCGGGUCUGAUUGGUCCACUCCUAUAUCCUCAGUGGUCCAUAAAUGUUACCGUAAGAAUGAGGAAACUCUGCAACCAGGAAUGAUGAAGAAAGGCCAGCUCAUCCAAACGGCCGUCUUCAUCCCCUCCCCAGGCAUCUUUUCACAGCCCAGGGAAGUCCCUGGCUAGAAGAGGCAAGGAACAGAGGCCAAGUCUGACGGUGGCUUCUAGGCUUCAGAGGAAUGAAGGGAUAAUGGGGAGGGGCCAUAGAAGAAGAGGGUGUGGGAGAGGACAGGGAGGAAGGUGGGUGGGACUGAAAGAGGAUUGCUCUCAGGGCCCUGUUAGGGCUUCCCGGGAUUAGGAAAUGCUCUGGUUUUGUGGGUCUAACUUCCUGAGAGGCGAGGCCGGGCUGGGCCUGGCUGACCUGUUCCCACUUCCAGAAGGAUGACAAGGGGCAACCCUGGAUGCAAGCCGAGAUCCAGCUUGACACCCUGACCUGGAGACGGAGAGGCCAGGGGGAGAGAUGCUGGACUGGGGAGACCCAGGGCUCCUAGGAACUGUGGGAGGGGCCUGGCUAGGCCACGUAUGUGACGAGGCUGGGAAUUUCCCCCAGUGUCACUUUGCCCUUUCCUCUCCUCCAGUGUGCCCUAGCAACUGAAGUGUAACAGGCCAGCCCAAGGACACAGGGAAAAUAGUUGGGAUAGAGAAGGGGGAAAAGGGGAAAGAACCUGGAGAAAAGUCAACAGCAAUGCCUUGUAGGCCUAGCUCCUCAAAAGACAGUCUGAUGUCAAGGGCAAGCUGCUCCCCAGCUCCAGGCCUUGGGGUCUUCCUGGGAAAAGGAGAGAAGCAAUCCCUGCUGCCUCAUAGGAUUGAUGAUCAUAAUGAUCAUCGCUACCUUUCACUGAGGCCAAGUCUUGUGGCAUUUGAUUGUCACCACCCUGUGAAUUGGGCACAGUUAUACAGUUAUAGCCUUCAUGUCAUUGAUAAAGAAACCAAGGCACAGAGUUGUAAGUGGCAGGGCUGUGAUUUAAGCCCAGAAGCCAGAGCCCACACCUUAUCCUCUGCAUGACAGUCUCUUGGGAAAUGGGCAAGUUGUGGGUAUGAAAUGGUUUCAUUCACCUUAAGGUGCUGAAUGAAUGUGAAAACUUCUGAAGAUACAACUACCUCCUCAUGCAGGUAUUUGGGAGCUGGAUAGAGAAAAUUAAAAAUGUCUUCUUAGGCUGAGGAGAGAAGCUGGGACCACGGACCCUGCUCAUUUAUUUACUUUUUACCAAAAACUGCCAGAAUUGCCUAGAACAAUUUUAGUCAAUAUCAUGUGCUUGAUGUGCAUUAUCUCAUUUAACUAUCACCAAACUCUCUCUCUAACAUAUACACACACCCAGCACCAAAAAGUACCUAGAAUCCACUGGAGGGUUUUACACUCCUGAGAUUGCCUCAGGCUAUGGAUCUGAGGAAGGGACCCAGGGCUGCUCUUUUCCUAGUUCAUUAGCUGCUCCCGAGUUCCAUUCUCCCCUAGCCAAGGCCCUGAUUCACUCAUUCUCCUAAUGGAAUGAGGCAUGUGCUUGUUUGAUUUAGACGCUCCAUUUCCUAUCAAUGGGUAUGUGGAAAUAGCACUGUGCUGGGAGAAGGAUACUUGGGUUCUGUCCUAUGUAUGAAUCACAAACUCAGUGUAAGACCUCCCGCAAGUCCCUGCCCCUCUCUGGCCCUUGGUGUGGCUCCAGCCCUACAAUGAAAAGACUGGGUUGAUCAUUUCUUUCUUUUUUUUUUUUGAGAUGAAGUCUUGCUCUUGUCCCCAGGCUGGAGUGCAAUGGCACGAUCUUGCUGAUUGCAACCUCUGCCUCCUCGGUUCAAGUGAUUCUCCUGCCUCAGCCCCCCGAGUAGCUGGGAUUACAGGCGCACACCACCACAACUGGCUAAUUUCUGUAUUUUUAGUAGAGACGGGGUUUCACCAUGUUGGCCAGGCUGUUCUUGAACUCCUGACCUCUGGUGAUCCGCCCGCCUCAGCCUCCCAGAGUGUUGGGAUUACGGGAGUGAGCCACUGCAUGGCCUGCCUGGGCUGAUCAUUUCUAAAGACCCUUCAAGCCUGGCAUUCUGAGUUCUAUGUCUUGCUAGCUAGCAGGACUUUGGAGCAUGAUGCUUAAGAGCGUUAAGCGUUUAAGAGCCUGGAUCUUCAAGCUCCGGUUACUUGCUGCACUGUAAGACCUUGGGCAAGUAAUCUAAUACCUCAAAGCUUCAGUUUCAUCUGUGAAAUGUGGAUGAUAAUGGUACCGACCUCAUAAGCUGGUUGGGAGACAAAUUAUGAAUAAAAGCGCAGAGCUAGCACACAGCAAAUACUCCAUACAUGUUACCUUUUAAUGCUUUUAUUAUGCAGCCUCCACCCCUCUUCUGGCACUUGGUCUAGAGUUAAGUUGGUUAUAGAUGGAUUUUUCAUGUUUUUUAUUUCCUUCAAAUGUGUAUUUGGGUCUGACUCUGUAGCUACCUCAGUAGAGGUGGUGGAGGAGGGAGUAGCAGAAAGGAGAUAGAGAAGUUGUGUGCUUUAAAACAAAACCAAAUAAAACAAAACAAAGGCAGUUUGAUUCUCCUUCUGGGUGUGGCUUUGUGAGAGUGCUUGUCAUUACUCUGGAAGAACAAGAGGUUGCACCUGCCUGAGUCACUCAGCUCCCAGCGUCAGGCCCAGCUUCUUGACUUGGAAAUCCCCUUCCAGACCACAGGGUAGCAGGAAGUGCCAGGCUAGGUGGCCUGUCUCCCAUUCCUGCCAUGCUCCUGGAGGCUAGGGUCUCACAGAGGUUGUAUAUGGUGGGAUGGAGCCUGGUGAGGUUGCAUUGCUGAGUUUAACAGCAAAGCUCUACCCAAUGCAUUCAGCCCACAUCUAGACACCACUAUCAUUUCUUAAAUGCCUACUGUGUGCUGAGCUUUGGGCUUUAUUUACAUUAUCCAAUUUAUCCUCACGAUCACAUGAGGCAUAGGUAUAUUAUCCCCCAUUUUCCAGACAGAAGCCUGAGGCUUAGAGGGGCCACCCAGGUAGUAAGUGGCUGAGCAGGGAUUGGAAUCCCAUUAGUUCAAUUCAUAGCCUGUGUUUAUGACAGUGGUAAGUUUCUGCAAGACAGUGAGAAAAAUCAUGUCACUGUGAAGACAACUUGGUACAGUGGACCAAGCACACAGGACUGGGAGCCAAGGCCCUGGAUUCCAAUCCUGGUUGUGUCACUCAAUGUGUGUGGCCUAGAGCAAGUCCUUUUCUAGACAGAGGACUCAAUUUACCUAUCUGUCAAAUAGGGGUUUGUUAUCUAUGGGCUCCACGGCUUUUAACAGGGUGGAAUGCCCUGAAGACAAACCAAGACUUCAAAGAGUGGAAGAGGUGGAGGCAGUCACGACUUUAUAAAUAGAUGAGUUUUCUCACAAAUUGGAACUGUAAAGAAAAAGGAUCCAGAACUAGGAAAUAGGACAAAAAGAUGACUGAAUGCUAUUUUUAUGUCAAGCUUGAGAAUUCCCAGCGGACACUUUGAGAAAUGAAACUGUCUGCCCAGCUAAUGCCAGACAUGCUACAAAAACAGCUGAAAUAGUGUGGAAACAAAAUGCAAGUAAUUAGAGACCAGCCAUUUUUAGGUAAAUUUUAGUUUUCAGUGCGUAGAGGGUGGGGGUGGAGAAGAUGUGGGUUGGGAAUAGGAAGAGAGCAUUGCAGGAAGAGAAUUGGGAAGUACAGGCAAAGAGCAGGAGAAAACUGGCAGGUGCGGACCUGAUGGGUGGAGAUGAUGCCUGGGAGCUGCUAUGUAAACAACCAGGGCCAGGAUUACCAGUUUCUCUGUAGGAUCCCCCAGUGGUGAGACUCAGUGGUGCUUUGGAGUUUGCAUCGCUUCCUCCCUCCCUCCCUUCUGAAUCAAGGCGUAAGUGUAAUUCUUUUCAUAAUUAAACUAGAAUGAAUAUCGUUUUGAAGAUCUGAUAACACCGUUGAAGUAAGUAACUGAAGGAACCCUAGGAGGUUACAAAGCCUUAAAGGAGAAUCCCCAGAUUAGGUAUAUAAUUUGGGCAAGUGUCUGUGUGUGUAUUAUCGCGAAGUCACAGUUGAUUGAUGGGUCUCUCUUCUGUAAAAUGAGGGUGUGUAUUAAACAGUUCCCCAAGUCCUUUCCCCUAAUUCUUUUUGAGGAUGAGGGCCUGUCAAUGACUAAGUUUUCAACAGUACCAGUGAAAUGGGUCUUUUGCAAUAGGUUUUUCAUAAAGCUAUAUUUAAAGAGCUGUUCUUUAUUCCAAGGUUAGACCUUCCACUUUUUGGAAUUAAAAUUUAGCUUUCUUUUUAAAAAUAAAAGGAUAAGCUUUUAAAAAGCUUUCCUACCCUUAAAGCAAGUUUAUGUUCCUUACCGGUCUAGGAAAUCCCAGUCUGUUGCGAUUAUCUAGCCCACAUAUAAGUAGGUAGGGUGGAAGGCGGCCUCUGGAUUUGCCCACCUGGGUUUGAAUCUGGAUUCAGCCCCUUAUUAAGGUCAUCUAACCUUUUUGUGACUCAAAUAUUAUUUAUUUUAAGAAAAGGUAGUAAAACCCACCUCCCUAGUGUGAUUGUGCAAAGAAAAUAAUGUACGCAAAGCAUCUACAAUGUCUGGAGCAAAGCAUUUACGAUGUCUGGGAAUCCUUUACAAUGCCUGGAGCAACUGCGGUAAGAGUCUUUAUAGGUCCUUUCAGCUCGGAAUUUCUAUAGCUUCGUUAAGAAGAGUCCUGGAGCGCCCUGGACGGAACUCUGGGGCCCUGAGCUCCAGCUCUGGCUUAGUGCCAAAUGCUUACGUGCCUUUUGGCAGGUCUCCUCCCUGCUCUGGCCUGUGUUCCCCUCAGCACAAGGAAGGGGCUGGGUGGUCUCUGUGGCUCGCCUCCGCUCUGAAAUUCCGGCUUUCAAGGUGGCCCCAGGCCUCCGCCAGGGGCUUCUGGCGAUGGGAGUGCGGCAAGGGGCCGCGCGGGCCCGGGACGGUGGCGCCAGAGAGGUCGCUCCUAGACGGGAAGGCCGCCGAGGGGACGAGAGACACCGCGGGCCCCCGGAACCGCGGGCAGCCGGUGUUUACCUCGCUCAGUCCCACCCCUGGCGGCCGCGGGCCCGCCCGGAGCGCGCGGCGCGAUUGGGCGAGUGGUCUGCCAGUCUCCGGGGACUUUCCCAGGGGUGGGGCGGCCCGGCCAGGCCCCCGGCACUUCCUCGUCCUCGGCCCGGGUGCCCUGCCCCCGCCCAGGAGCCCGAGGAGUGCUACGGGGGGCCGGAGCCUGGCCCGGGCCGCUGCCCCGUCCCUGGAUUCGGGGCUGGACGCAGCAAGCGGGGCGCUGUGUCCCCAAGCUCCCCGUCCUCGGGGGAGCUUUUGGAAGAGUCCCAGAUGGAAGCGACCAGGCUCCGGCAGAAGGCCGAGGAGCUAGUGAAGGACAACGAGCUGCUCCCACCACCUUCUCUCUCCUUGGGCUCCUUCGACCCCCUCGCUGAGCUCACAGGAAAGGACUCAAACGUCACAGCACCUCCCACAGCCCCUGCGUGCCCCAGUGACAAGCCAGCACCAGUCCAGAAGCCUCCAUCCAGUGGCACCUCCUCUGAAUUUGAAGUGGUCACUCCUGAGGAGCAGAAUUCACCAGAGAGCAGCAGCCAUGCCAAUGCAAUGGCGCUGGGCCCCCUGCCCCAUGAGGAUGGCAACCUGAUGCUGCACCUGCAGCGCCUGGAGACCACGCUGAGUGUGUGCGCCGAGGAGCCGGACCACGGCCAGCUCUUCACCCACCUGGGCCGCAUGGCCCUGGAGUUCAACCGACUGGCAUCCAAGGUGCACAAGAAUGAGCAGCGCACCUCCAUCCUGCAGACCCUGUGUGAGCAGCUUCGGAAGGAGAACGAGGCUCUGAAGGCCAAGUUGGACAAGGGCCUGGAACAGCGGGAUCAGGCUGCCGAGAGGCUGCGGGAGGAAAAUUUGGAGCUCAAGAAGUUGUUGAUGAGCAAUGGCAACAAAGAGGGUGCGUCUGGGCAGCCAGGCUCACCGAAGAUGGAAGGGGCAGGCAAGAAGGCAGUGGCUGGACAGCAGCAGGCUAGUGUGACGGCAGGUAAGGUCCCAGAGGUGGCGGCCUUGGGCUCAGCUGAGAAGAAGGUGAAGAUGCUGGAGCAGCAACGCAGUGAGCUGCUGGAAGUGAACAAGCAGUGGGACCAGCAUUUCCGGUCCAUGAAGCAGCAGUAUGAGCAGAAGAUCACUGAGCUGCGUCAGAAGCUGGCUGAUUUGCAGAAGCAGGUGACUGACCUGGAGGCCGAGCGGGAGCAGAAGCAGCGUGACUUUGACCGCAAGCUCCUCCUGGCCAAGUCCAAGAUUGAAAUGGAGGAGACCGACAAGGAGCAGCUGACAGCGGAGGCCAAGGAGCUGCGCCAAAAAGUCAAGUACCUGCAGGAUCAGCUGAGCCCGCUCACCCGACAGCGUGAGUACCAGGAAAAGGAGAUCCAGCGGCUCAACAAGGCCCUGGAGGAAGCACUGAGCAUCCAAACCCCACCAUCAUCUCCACCAACAGCAUUUGGGAGCCCAGAAGGAGCAGGGGCCCUCCUAAGGAAACAGGAGCUGGUCACGCAGAAUGAGUUGCUGAAACAGCAGGUGAAGAUCUUCGAGGAGGACUUCCAGAGGGAGCGCAGUGAUCGUGAGCGCAUGAAUGAGGAGAAGGAAGAGCUGAAGAAGCAAGUGGAGAAGCUACAGGCCCAGGUCACCCUGUCGAAUGCUCAGCUAAAAGCAUUCAAAGAUGAGGAGAAGGCAAGAGAAGCCCUCAGACAGCAGAAGAGGAAAGCAAAGGCCUCAGGAGAGCGCUACCACGUGGAGACCCACCCGGAACAUCUCUGCGGGGCCUACCCCUACGCCUACCCGCCCAUGCCAGCCAUGGUGCCACACCAUGGCUUCGAGGACUGGUCCCAGAUCCGCUACCCCCCUCCUCCCAUGGCCAUGGAGCACCCGCCCCCACUCCCCAACUCGCGCCUCUUCCAUCUGCCGGAAUACACCUGGCGUCUACCCUGUGGAGGGGUUCGAAAUCCAAAUCAGAGCUCCCAAGUGAUGGACCCUCCCACAGCCAGGCCUACAGAACCAGAGUCUCCAAAAAAUGACCGUGAGGGGCCUCAGUGAGACCAGAUUGUGUCAUUUGGCUCCACCUUCAUCUUGCAGAGCCAGCUGACCUCAGAUUGCCGAAAAACUAGAAGCCACUUGCACGGUGUGGCCAGAGCCUCAGCUGGAUGAGAGGUUGAGAUGGGUGGCCAGCUUGUACACCAGUCCCUGAACUGAGCUGUUUACAGGACUGGGGAGGCUCCACCCAGAAGGCUUUCAUUUGUACUCUGCUGGGAGUGACUGGGAAAAACUCACUUCCCUGCUGCUGAGUGGAGAGAGGCCUCAUCCGGCUUUGACCUGCCAUCCGUUGCAGAAGCCUCCAGGAGCAGCAAUCCUAAGAGUGGGAUGCAGCCAAGACUCCCUUCCUUCAAAACGUCCCGGAAGUGGUUUCAGGCCCUCUAGUUGCCAUGACCAAUUUGUGUGUGUGUUUAAUUUGUGCUUCAAGCUCUGUAGCAGGACCUGCCCCACGCACACCCCUACCCCUCUGUGAGGAGCUGUGGGAAGUGUGGGUUUGUCUCCGGAACAGAAGAGAAUGACGGAUAUUCUGGCUCUGGGGCCCUCUCCACCACCACUCACUGUAGCCUUGCUGAAGCCAUCACAGAUGGGAGAAGGCCAUGCCAGCCACGUCCGCCGAGGGGCCCCAGCCUGAAGCUGCCAGGCCCUGAGGUUCACACCCUGGACCCCAUAGCUGGAGGCCUGUGGUGCCAGACGCCCAGAUUAGGGUGGCUGUCCAUCCCUGGAUAGCUAUUUGCACGAAUCAUGGACAUAAAUCCAAGGUGAAGAAGAUCAA